CGAAUUCGAGCAACUCGAGCGAGCGCAUCGCAGCUCUUAAGCCUUUUUUUUUAUCUUCACCCAAACUCUAAGCAUAAUGGAUAAUCGACAUGCGCUGCUGAAGUUUUCGUUUUUGGCAUUUCUAGUACUUCUCUUUAUUUGUGUGCAGGCAACAAAUGCGGGGAGUCAGCAGAAAAAGAAGAAAAUCGUUAUACAUGUGCCCAUUCACAAGAAGAUAGAAAAACAUGUCCAUACGAUUAUUAAGCAUGUCCACCAUCAUCAUAAGCCACUCGUACUAAAAGAGGAGAAGAAGAUUAUACACGAGGAGCAUCAUCCGAUUCAAAUUCAUCAGACUAAAGAGCAUAUACAUCACCAUGAGAAGCAUGAUCAUGCUCAUGAUCACCAUGAGCAUCAUGAGCACCUACAUCCCAUUGAACAGGCACCGUCCAUAGAGGAGGAGGAAGAGCAUAUACAUCAUCAUCAUAAUUAUGAGCACAAAGAUGGUUUCCUUGGCGGCGGUGAUUCAGAUGCCAGUAGCAGUAGCAGCAUCAGCAGCAUCAACAGCAGCGAGGAACGCUGA